CAAUUCAUGGAAUAUAGUGUGUAAAGUUUCUAGUGGAGCUCUUCCCCUCCUUAAGGAGAAAGAAGAAUAUGAGGACACUGAACAGUGAAGCACUGAACUCUAUUAAUUUACGAUUUUGCCACUGUUCCCAAUUCCUCUCUCCAACCCCAAUUUCCUCAUUCCAUGUUCCCUGUUCUCUGAAAAACCCAACCCCAUCUGCUAUUUCCUGCAAAAAUCGAAUCUUUUCUCCGGUUCAAGCUUCCAUGGCUUCAUCCACCACUGUCUCAGACACGGAUACGAAGCCAUUCUCCGUUCUCUUUGUGUGCUUGGGCAAUAUCUGCAGGAGCCCAGCUGCUGAAGGAGUCUUCACUGACUUGGUCAAGAAAAAGGGUCUCGAUUCCAAGUUCAGAAUCGAUUCUGCUGGCACAAUUGGUUACCACGAGGGCAAUGAAGCUGAUCCAAGAAUGAGGGCAGCCUCGAAAAGGCGUGGGAUUCAGAUAACUUCUAUUUCAAGGCCAAUCAAGCCCUCUGAUUUCAUUGACUUUGAUCUCAUUCUUGCCAUGGACAAGCAAAACAGAGAGGACAUAUUGGAGGCCUUCAAUAGAUGGAGAUUUAGACAGACUUUACCGGAAGAUGCACAUAAAAAGGUUAAGUUGAUGUGCUCAUAUUGUAAGAAGCAUGAUGAAACCGAAGUACCAGAUCCUUACUAUGGUGGACAACAAGGGUUUGAGAAGGUAUUAGAUUUGCUUGAAGAUGCUUGCGAUUCAUUGCUGGAAAACAUAUUGGCAGAAAACAAACAUAUACAAGAAUCUUAAUGCCUUUUUAAACAGCAAGAAGAUCCAAUCCUGGGGCUCACUAUCCUAAAUCCAUGAUUUCUAUACUGUAGAAGCUUCUUACCAUACUUUUCUCAGAAUUUGAGUUAUAAAUGCAAUUUUUCUUUCUUUUUUAUCUUCUUCUGUCUAUCAAAUUAUAUUGUGAGACUCAGCAAAUUACAGCAUAGGUAAGAUUUUGUUGACUCUA